GCCUUAGCCAAGCAGCUGACCACGAACGGAAGCUACAGCCGUGUCAAACUUCCUUGGGUGGAGGCUGACCUCCAAGGCUUAUCGAUGGCCUUGCUCUCUCUUUACACUUGUCCCCAAGAGCUCCAUCUAGACCAUAUCACGCAAUUUUCAGAAGCCAUCCUGAGCUCCCUUUGCGAAACGGUUUCGCAAAGCUACAUUCGUUGUCUUCAUCUUUACCUGACAGAGCACAUUUACACAAAUGACGCGUCGAUUUGCGAAAUGCUCAAGAGCAGUCGGCGCCUUCUAUGCCUGCGGCUUCACUGUCUUCAGUCGUUUGCUCAAUAUGCCUUACGUGCUGUCGCUGAAAACAGGUGCCUUGAUGAUCUAUAUAUUCAAAUUACGGGAAAAUGACCAACGAUGCUGCGGAGGCCAUCGCGUUCUUCCUGACUCGAAACGAGACAGUGACUCGUAUUGAACUGUCUUGCAUGGGGUGUGCUUCCAGAUACCAGAUGGGGGAGAUUUAUCACGGCAUGCUGAACAACCGGCGCAUCGUGGAUUAUGUCUUAACAUUCAGUUUUCCUUUCGACUGCGGCAUGAGUUUCCUCGUCCUUGAAAAGCUGCGAAAGAAGCGCAGCAUGCUAUACCGCGCUGUAGAGUUUGCAAAGCUCCCCGUACUGGACAAGCAGUCUGCCGAAGCUUUCGAGCUCUUCUUUAAAAACCCUGGUUUCCGCCGCGAACUCGGCGAGGUCACCGGCAGUACUGAGGCUGAAGUGCUGCCAUUGUUGAUGUCUGCCCAGAAUUACUUGCGUGACAACUACCUUGUCAUCACUGGCGUUGUUCAGCAGGACGUUCUCGAGUGUCACCCUAGAGAAGUCACCCAGGUGGACGCCCUCAACAAGGACUGUUGGCGAGCGAUUGUGCGUUAUCUAAACGUCAGUGACGUUGUCACGCCGCGUGCCUGAAUUGUGCGCUGCAAACGAAGAUGCUUUACGCAACUUGUGCAAUAAAGGUUGU